AUGCUGGGCCGGUUACUAAGUACUGCAGCUUCCACAUUGAACCCGGCGGCUUAUUCUGCAAAAAAUCCCCAUCAACUCGAGUCCGUCACAGAAGAAGAACAUACCUCUGGCCUUCUAUUCCCUGAUGCAAGCCUUCUCCGUCGCUCGAAUACACACGCGUAUCCCCUUCAUACGGCUUUCAAUUCCCCGAAUGCUUCUACCGCCGGUGCCUAUGACGAUCGGGGAGGGGUUGACUUGGAUCCUACGAAGGACUUUCGUGUAAUCAUCGCUCAGAAUGCGCUUGGAGAUAGGGAUGCCUGCGUGCUACUGGAUACUCGUGCUAGUUCGGAGCCUGUCACCUAUGGCCUUGGACUGGAACCUCAGGCAUUUGAAAGCUCAGGCGUACGGCAUGCUCGAACGGUCUCGAAUCUGACCCGGGGACCUCGACGAGGUUACUUGUCUCAGUCGUCGACAGUGGAACCAAGUCCGCUUUCCUUUGCUACAGAAGCCCGCAGAUCUCCCCCACUGUCGUCUGGUGCUUUUAUGCGCGCCCGUGGUCGCAGCUCCACGUUAUCACCCGCUGGAGGCCCUCACGAUCCUGGCUAUUCGCGUCAUUCGACGGAUUCGAACGACGCUGGUCUAUUGAACUGUAUAUUUGGCAGCAGUGCAUUCAGCUAUCGAGGAUCCUCUACCAAGAUGCACAUUAUUACUGCCGAUGACGAGCCUGGUAGGACUGCGAGCGCAUCUCCCGCCUCCCGCAAUUCUUUUACUCGAUCCUACACUACCGGGAGUUCAUCGGCCUUCGUGAAUUCGAACCGGGGGAAUGACGGAAAACCACCGUCAAAAGUGACCAUUCUUGUAACGCGGAUGUUUAGCGUCAAUCUGCCGGAGGCGGGUGAAACCUCUCCAGACAGACAAGACACUGCUGCUUCCUUGUAUCAAGAAUCACUUCCAGAAUCUGGCUUCCCGUUCCCCGACCUCACUAAGCGCAAAAAAUCAAAGAGAAGAAAACCCCAAUGGAUGGCGUGCUCGCUGGAUUCGGACUACCGCUGGCGCAAUGGGUUCUUAGACGACAGUUUGUCACUUGCUUCCCCUCCAGCAAGCCUGGACGAAAGAAUCGACUUGCUAGUGGAUCACUGGGAUGUCGUUAACCGCACCUUGUCGCAUCUGGAGAGACUCUCUCGGAAAGAGAUCCUAUUCCUCCUGAAAAAGGUGGAUUCAUCGUCUGGAAUACACCCGAAGCCAGCUAAACCUCCGAAUAUGCAACGCACAAAUCAAACUAUAAUUCACUUGCCCGCGAACAUCUUGGCGGUAAAUUCAAAGCUUCGGGAAGAGGCUAUUCGCAGUACCCGCCGUAUCAGCACGGCUCUUCAAACCCCAUAUGUCGUAACAGGACAAAGUCGGUGGGGUGUAUGGCGCGAGGAAGGCCGUUCGAUUGUUCGCAAUCUUGGGGACAAAGACCAUAGUUUCUUCUUCCUGGUGCUCAUUACCGCGUUCUUGGGGAAUCACACGGAGUGGCUCAACGCAUUGGGCCCAGAAUGGUGGCGACGCCGGCACUACAUACAACAGAAGGCCCAACAACAGGACUCUGAUCCGAUCCUAGCGAACCGUACUGUAAUUGUUUCCCCCGACAAGAUGACUGCUCGUCGGCUUAUAUUUUUGCUCUCUGCGUUUCUUCCCCCCAAGCAGCGCUUUGAACCUCUUCCGUCACCCAUUCGACCUGGCACAUCUUCCUCAAUGCGUGCUGUCUCACAAAGUCCGCCCAAUGUCCCCGUCCUACGACAGGAGUCUCUGCGCAGAGCCAUCGAAAGACGGUCUCGUGCGCAACGUUUGAAUCUCGCUGAUAGAGAUCAACACCAGCGGUCUGUGAGCGUGUCAUCAAGUGAAACCGCACACCGCUCAACAGAUGAUACCGAGACCGCUGUGCCAAUGGAAUUCGCAGCAACCAGGAGAGGGUCCGAUGCACGUUCCAUUAGAACAUUAGGGGUCCCUAUGCACGCGAAGGAUGCGCGCAGCAAGAACACCAGCACCGCAACAACAUCCACCGCCACCCCUGGUAGCACUGUCCCUGUCCCGCAUUUUGCUUCACAGAGCCGGUUAGAACGGGAUAGGUCGGACCACUCCAUGCAUGAAGGGGCUGAUAGUCUGGCAUCUGAGAACCUGCUGAAGAAUUUGAAACGAAGUGAAAGUUCGGUGUUGAGUACCAACAGCAGUGUGCCUUCAACUACUGGCCGAUGGGGUAGCCUGUUCUCGGGAUUAUGGAGCUCACGCCAGGAGUCAUCCACCGGAAGCAGCGAAGCCGUUUCGCCAGCUGAGAUCCGUAGGCGCUCUGUCUCUGGAUAUACACCGCUGCCGAAACGAGGUCCUCCUACCUUAAGUCAAAUGGUAAAAGAGGUCUCGACUGAAAUACCUGAAGAAGUGCCUACAGUAGCCACAAGUGGCAAUAUUUCCAUUCCUCACUCUAAUACCCAACAUCUCGAGGAAGAUGUGCAGGAUCUUUCGUUAACGGUGGGCCAUAACAGAGAGUCUUCCUUGAAAUUAUCCGUACGGGGCGAUGACGGAAUUGUCGACGUUGACCUUCCGUUGCCUGGUUUUGUCUCGCUGUCUUCAUCAGGUGACUCUACCAUGACUUCGCCGAAGAAGACACGGACCUCAGUAACUAGUGUGGAUGCUGUAGCAUCUACGCACAGCAGUGGUUCAGGCUUUCCCUAUGCGCCUAGAGAAAACGACGGGCCUAAUAUCAAUGUUGCUGGUUGGCUGAGAAGCUUUCAUGAAGACUUUCUGCUCCAAGCAGUGCGGCCUUAUUCAAACUUGGAAGCCGAUGUGAAACGCGCAAUGCAAGCUGAACCUACCCCAAGUCAUGCAUUUUCUUCUGAAGCGGAUGGGUCAGAGAGAUGGGUCGAUGUGGCUACGACGCUAAUCGCUGACGCAAGAACGUUCACGGUUAAGCGACUGCGCCUCAGACGGAAAGCUAUCAACAAUGACUUUUGGCGAAGCCCUACUCCACCUCCCAUUUCUCAGCCUGGUACCCCUCGUCACAUCCCUGGAGGUUCUAUUUCGUCUUCCAGCAAAACAUCUACUAUCUCUCCCAUAGAAGGUUACGAGCCCAACGAAUUCGAAGAGCGUUUUGUCGAAGAACCGGUCAUGGAUCUGGACGGCACACUGGUUGAUGCACUUGAACGCGUUCUUGCUCAAAGUGGCCCAUCGUCUUUGGCUCACUCAAGGGCACCGUCUCCAUCGCGGGCUCGCAGGGGCGAUGAUAAGGGCACAUCAGACGCAGCGAAUCGGGAUGAGGCCCAGGUUCCUUCUCUGGAGGUCCCUCGCACUGAAUGUCGCAAGCUCGUCCUUGGGGCACUUGAAGAAGUUGUUCGCAGUGUAACUACUGAGCAUUGUCGGGAUGAUGUUGAUGGGGAGCUUGCUAUGGCAGACAGGGAACGCAAGCGUUCAUUAGCUGGACCCGACAAUACGUUAAGAGAAGGGGUGCGUAGGUGGCUUCUUGACGUUGAAGAGGCUUGGUGA